AUGCAAGCGACCAAAGAAGAACUGGCGGCCAGCUUCGCAGCAGGUGUCUUUCUCCACCUCGCGGUCUUCCGCUCGGGCGAGUGGGACGCACACAGCUUCACCCUACUCGAGGUCGGCGCAGCCCUCCAGCUGGUCCUCAGCUUCUUCGCCCACGAGCUUUUCUCCGAGCCCGCGGUCGAUGCCCUGCAGCAUGGCCUGUACUGGGCUGGCGCCGCCCUUGCAGGUCUGUAUGCAAGCAUCCUGGUGUACAGGGCCUUCUUCCAUCGGCUGGGCAGGUUCCCUGGUCCUUUUACCGCUCGCCUAUCGACCUUUUACAUGACCUGGACCAGCUUCCGGCGCGGCCAGGUGUACCAGGACGUGCGCCGGCUCCACACAAAGUACGGCGACUUUGUCCGGGUUGGGCCGACAGAGCUGUCCAUCGCCGACCCGGCUGCGUUCGCCGUGGUCCACUCGGCUACCUCGCAGUGCGAGAGAGGGCCGUGGUAUAACGUUCUGAACCCCACCAUUUCGCUGCAGAUGGUGCGUGACAGGAGAGAGCAUGCUCAGCGCAGGAAGGCCUGGGAUCGAGCUUUCAGUAACAAGGCAAGAGUUGCUGGCUACACUGACGAGCUGCUUGGGGUCUUUGACCGGGAAAAGGGAAAGAGACUCAAUGCCUCGACGUGGUUCAAUUAUUACUCGUUCGAUAUCAUGGGCGAUCUGGCCUUCGGAAGGAGUUUUGACCUGAUGAAGACGGGCGUUGACCAGUACUUUUACAAGACCACGCAUACGAAUAUGUUCCUGAUCGGGCUGUUCAGUCGCAUGACCUGGCUGUUUCCCAUUUUCAAGGCAACUCUUGGUCGUUGGGAGUAUCAAAAAUUUCAGCGAUUUGUCAAGGGAGUCAAUGAGCCAGCAGUCCCUGACGUCUUCCACUGGAUCCUGAAAGAAUUCAACCAGAAACCCAAGCCGACAUGGCAGGAGUUGCAGAAUCUCUAUGGUGAUUGUGCCCUCAUCGUAGUUGCAGGGAGUGACACAACGGCAGCAACCCUCACCGGCCUGUUUUACAACCUAGCAACCCACCCUGACGUCUACAAGAAACUCCAGGCGGAGGUGGACGCCUUCUUCACCGCCAAGGAUGGUACGAGUAAUACCCAGGGUGACUUCGACUCCAGCUCCCUGGGCAAGCUCGAGUACCUGCAGGCGUGCAUCGACGAGUCCCUCCGCCUGUUCCCGCCCGUGCCGUCGGGGCUGCAGAGGCAGACGCCGCCGCAGGGAGUCCAGGUCGGGGAGACGUUUAUCCCCGGGAACACGAUCGUCAUGACGCCUGCUUAUACUAUCUAUCGAGACCCGAGGACGUUUACACAUGGUGAUGAGUUCAUCCCUGAGCGGUGGACUACGAAGCCCGAGCUGGUCAAGGAUGCCACUGCCUACGCCCCAUUCUCUGUCGGACGAUUCUCGUGCGUGGGCAAGCAGCUGGCCCUGAUGGAGGUGCGCAGGGUCACGACCCUCAUCGCCCGUCGCUACGAUGUGGCUUUUGCACCGGGCCAGACCAAGGAGGACUUUUUGGCUGGGUUGAGGGAUAACUUCACCUUGGCUACUCCCAAGUUGGACCUGGUGUUUUCACAGAGGAUCUGAGAAUGGUAUCGCUGUGGUUUCCCGUGUGAGAGGAAAAGUGGCUUAUGAAUACAUGUAAGGGUCUGAUGGUGGAAAGGGAGGGUAAAGGGGACAAAAAUAUGGUCGGCAGCCAUCUGGGAGUAUUAUGUGAGUGUAUUUUUUCUUCAUACGAGUGUGCCCAUUUCUGAUGCUUUCUGGAGAUUGUUCAAUGCUUUUUGAGGGGAAUAGGUGUCGUGUCUGGUAGUCUGAUCAACAUAAUUCCGGCC